UCAGGUGACAGAUCACAUGGUACUAUGGGCAACAGUGCACAAGAGGAACUCUCGUUUAUAACAUUACAUUGCUAAAAAGAUAGUAAUGAGGUUUAGCAAAAGAACACAUUGUUUAUUAGCGCAGUGGUUACUCGGUCUAUUUCUCCUCUUAAGCUAUGGAUUUGCGGGUAAAAUGAAAAUCGUCGAAGAGCCAAACACUUUCGGUUUGAACAACCCCUUUAUGGCUCAGGCAAACAGACUUCAGCCAAGGGUGUCUCCUUCUCCAGUGUCUGGUCCUCAUCAUCUUCAUCAGCUGGCUGGAAAAUGCUUCACUCUCUUGGAGUCAACGUACAAAUAUGAGUUUUGUCCGUUUCACAAUAUCACACAGCACGAGCAGACUUUCAGAUGGAAUGCCUACAGUGGGAUACUGGGGAUCUGGCAGGAGUGGGAAAUAGAAAAUAACACAUUUAGAGGAAUGUGGAUGAGAGAAGGUGAUGCAUGUGGGACAAGAAACAGAGAAACAAAGGUGAUUCUUGUCUGUAGUUCAAGUAGCAAGUUGGCUCAGGUUUCAGAGCCAAGCACUUGUGUAUAUUCUUUAACUUUUGAGACACCACUUGUUUGUCACCCACAUGCUCUUUUAGUGUAUCCAACUUUGACUGAGGCGCUACAAAAAGAAUGGGAUGAAGCCGAACAAGCUCACUAUGAGGAACUUAUAACUGACCAGGGAUACAACAAUUUGUUAAGAGAUAUUUUUGAAGAUGCAGGCCUUUUGAAAAGUCACAAAGUGAAUUUGGAGACAACCAAAGCUGUAUCCAGUCUGGACACUCAGAACUCUUUACAAAAAUGUACAGAGGUAUGUUUGUUUUUACUUAUUUUUACAUUUAUAUUUAUAUUACAGCAUUUUACCCAACCUAUUGUACAUAACACAUACUUUAAGGAGCUUGAAAAACUAAGGGAGAAUAUUCAAAGAUUGCAAGCUCUCCUCACCCAACACAAUAUUCCUUUUGAUCCACAACAAAUUGCGAUAAAUCAUCAAUCAAGUGAAACCGAAAAAGAUGAACAUCUAAGAGGAGACACAGGCACUGCCGACCUGUAACAAUAAUAAAUGCCAUGUCAGUAUCAACAUUUCUUAUUGACUACUGGACUACUUCCAACAUGAGCAGCUCAUUUCAAUGGUUUGAAUAUUUUAUAAUGGUGAAAGAAUGUUGGUUUUAUUCCAAAAUAUCGGUUUCAUCCCUUGAGACACCUCUGGUGGUCAGCCAGGAUUUAUUCAGUUACCUAUGUAACUCAUUCAUACUACUGUAUACUACUAUUUUGCUAUUGAGACAUGGAUGGAAAAUGGCAAUUUAAAAUAAUAAGUAAAAGGUAACAAUAAAAAUGGUUUAAAAAUAGGAGGCAUUAAGGACCAAAUACCCUAAAAUGUUUAUUUCUGUUUUGAAUGGGGGAUUACUGAUUACUGAAGUGCAAUUAUAUGAGAUCAUGAAUUAAAAUUAUUGUAUUUUCUUUGUGGGAUGUUAAAUUAUUUUAUACAUAUAAUAAUGGCUAUUUUAUGUUGUAAAUAAAUGUCAAAGCAUG